CGCAAACGCUGCGCCGGAAGUGCGAGCCGCCGGCUGUCGGGCUCCGUUAUGGCGGCUGUUGGCGCACGCUGGCACCAUGUGUGGGUGGGCACGGAGACUGGGAUCCUGAAAGGGGUGAACCUUCAGCGCAAACAGGCGGCGAACUUCACGGCAGCAGGACAGCCGCGGCGCGAGGAGGCGGUCAGCGCCCUGUGCUGGGGCCCGGGCGGCGAGACGCAGAUCCUGGUGGGGUGCGCCGACAAAACUGUGAGGUACUUCAGCACCGAGGAGGGCAGAUUCCAGGGCCACAAGCACUGCCCCGGCGGGGAGGGCACGUUCCGAGGCCUCGCCCAGGUCGACGGCACCCUCAUCACAUGCGUGGAGUCUGGGAUUGUCCGGGUCUGGCGUGACAGUGACAAGGAGGCAUCCCCCAACCCACUCCUGGAACUGAGUGUGGGUCCUGGGGUGUGCAGGAUGCGCCAGGACCCAGCACACCCGCACGUGGUUGCCACGGGUGGGAAAGAGAAUGCUUUGAAGGUGUGGGACCUACAGGGGUCUGAGGAGCCUGUGUUCAGGGCCAAGAAUGUACGGAACGACUGGCUGGACCUGCGGGUUCCCAUCUGGGAUCAAGACAUACAGUUCCUCCCUGAGUCCCAGAAGCUUGUCACCUGCACAGGGUACCAUCAGGUCCGCGUCUACGACCCGGCCUCUCCCCAGCGUCGGCCGGUCCUGCAGGCCACCUAUGGAGAGUAUCCACUUACAGCCAUGACCCUCACUCCCGGCAGCAAUUCGGUGAUCGUGGGGAACACUCAUGGGCAGCUGGCAGAAAUUGACCUUCGGCAAGGGCGCCUCCUGGGCUGCCUGAAGGGGCUGGCGGGCAGUGUCCGAGGAUUACAGUGCCACCCUUCGAAGCCCCUACUAGCCUCCUGUGGCUUGGACAGAGUCUUGAGGGUACACAGGAUCCGGAAUCCCCGGGGCCUAGAGCAUAAGGUUUAUCUCAAGUCUCAGCUGAACUGCCUCCUCCUGUCGGGCAGGGAUAACUGGGAGGAUGAGCCCCAGGAGCCUCAGGAGACCAAACAGGCAUCCCCAGAAGACACAGAAACAGAUGAACUUUGGGCCUCCUUGGAGGCAGCCGCCAAGCGGAAGCUCCCAGAUUUGGAGCCGCCCUCAGAGGCUCUCCAAACCAGACGGAGAAAAAAGCAGCGGCCUGGAUCCACCAGCACCUGAAGAGCCUGUGCUCCCUUUGUAAAUAAACAGCUCGACACCCACCAUGACCCUGAGCCUUUUGUGAUGGGAGAAUGAAAAGGGGUGGCUGCUCCCAGCGCCAGUGCAGCAGGGUAGCUGACAUCACAAAAGCCAGGUCCUGAGCCGCAGGCUGGCGUGGGUGGCAUGGAGUUCGGGGCCGCUCAGGGCCAUGGGCUGCUGCCAAGACAAGGACUUUCAGACCUCCAAGAAGCAGGCAAAGAAGGCUGACUCAGAGGAAGUCGAAGGCACCGAAGAGGGCGAUAUGGACUCGCCAAGUCAAAAGUCGAACGAAAGCCUUCUGAUCACCGUGCUGUGGCGGCGGCUAUCCCAGUUCAGCCGUCGGGACUCUCGGUCAAACAGGAGGCAUUCAGACCAGAGUCCAAUGCAUGGGUUACAGCAGAGCAAGGAGGGGAUCCUGGAGGAGCCGAAGAAGGGGUGACCCCAACCUGCUCUCAGUCUGCCCCAGCCUGCAGAGAAUAAAGUUUCUGGCGCGUA